UGCAGUCGCGAAUCCAACGCACCUCACUAUGUCCUCUUUCGUUACGCGUUUAUGGAGACGAUUUCUCAGCCCAACUGGCUUCGUAGGUCGCGACUUGGAGGGGAACAAGUACUACGAACGCGUCGCGUCGGCAGCUCAGCGAACUAAGCGGACGGUCAAGUAUAGAGAGGGAGGCGACAUGUGGACGUACGUCGAUGGAAAGAGGAGGCUUCCAGUACAAUGGACGUCCUGGUUGACACAUACUCGUCCGCACCCGCCCACAAUCGCCGAACUCCAAGCAGACGUGAUGCGACAAGAACGCGUGCGGAUAAACGCGGCCAUUAUCGACGCGCGAUACGCUAAAGAACACGUCACGAUCGAGGCGCCGAACCCCAAACAGCCGCUCGUCGAUGACGUCCAGGUCAACGAACCCCAGCCGCACCUCAACAACACCGAGAUCUCGCAAGAGGCUGAACAAGCACAUGCACCACCGCCGCGACAGGAACGGACGGCGGAAUCGACCAGUCGGGCUCAAGAUCCAUUCCGUUUGGCGCGCCAGAACGCGACCGAUGAGCCACAAGCGUGGGCUCCUAAAAGUGUGCAACGGGGCGCUUGAGUGAGUUACCAGUGCUUCAAUCUCAUGUGUGUGAAGGAGUCGUGGUGCGGAUGACGAGAAAAGCAUGACUAUAACCAUGGCGGCGAACUCAAGGGGGAGUAAUCGCUAACUUUCAGGCAAACACCGACAUUUGCUAGUCAACCAGCUUUAUCUAGUCUGCA